GCCCUCCAAGACCUGAAUGAGAGAAACAGCAAUAUUCUCAUCCCCAAAAAAUACUUUCUAAUUGUUGUUUAGAAAUGUAUCUGAAUCUGACCAUAUAACUAAAUUAGCUUGUUAAGUUUUUCUCUGCUUUUAUGAGAUCAUGAGAUUUAUGAGUACCAGCUAAUGCGUUUUUCUCUUAAUUCGUGGAAAGAAAGCAUUAAUUCAUUUCUGAAAUAAGGCUCCCUGCAAUGUCUGAUGACAGCCAGAACACCAGAGGCUAGCAUCUCAAUCGGGACCCCCCCAUCACGCAUGACACGAGCGUCCGCAUUCUGGCGGCCAUGGAGGAUGCAUCGAAGGUCAAAGGUCAGCAGGAGAAAGGUAACGAGGACAGCGAUGAGUCCGACCCGAAGGCCCGGGGGCCAUACAUUGCGGUCGUCACCAACCGGACAGUGAACCUGGUCAUCCGCGGAGUCAUGCUGUUCUCAGUGGGAGUGUUCUUGGCCCUGGUGCUCAACCUGAUGCAGGUCCAGAAGGGCAUCACCCUGUUCCCGUCCGACAUCAUUGGGAGCAUCUUCUCAUCCGCCUGGUGGAUGCCCCCCUGUUUCGGAACAGCCUCAGCCAUGGUGGGCCUGCUGUACCCCUGCGUUGACAGCCGGCUGGGCGAGCCCCACCAGUUGAAGCGCGAGUGGUCCAGCGUGAUGCGCUGCGUCGCCGUCUUCGUGGGCAUCAACCACGCCAGCGCCAAGGUGGACUUUGCGAACGGCGUGCAGCUGUCCCUGACGCUGGCCGCCCUGGCGGUGGGGCUGUGGUGGACGUUCGACCGCUCCCGCAGCGGACUGGGGCUGGGCGUCAGCAUCGCCCUCCUCGCCUCCCUCACCACACAGCUGCUGGGGUACAGCGGAGUGUUCCAGUACGCUUCUCCAGAUUCCCUCUACAUACGCUCCUGGCUACCCUGCAUCUUCUUCGCUGGAGCCAUAACCAUGGGAAACAUAGGACGUCAGCUUGCAAUGUAUGAAUGCAAAGUUGUUCAGGAGAAGACUCAUCAAGACUAAUGAAGCUGGCAACAUCAAUCUCUAAUUUCAUCUUUGACUGGGUAUAUGCCCAAUUGAAAACGGGUGUAUGUA